GCCAUGGCGCCGGAGGAGAGCGCGGGGACUGAGGGGCUGCUGCGGAGCUUCGAGCGCCGCUUCCUGGCGGCGCGCGCUCUGUGCUCCUUCCCCUGGCAGAGCCUAGAAGAGAAAUUAAGGAACUCAUCAGAUUCUGAGCUGCUGAUGGAUAUUUUGCAGAAGACGGUGAAACAUCCUCUGUGUGUAAGGCACCCACCGGCAGUGAAGUAUGUCCGGUGCUUUCUCUCGGAGCUCAUCAAAAAGCACGAGGCUGUCCACACCGAGCCAUUGGAUGAACUAUACGAGGCAUUGGCAGAGGUCCUAACCACCAAGGAGUCCAUCCAGGGCCACCGGAGCUAUCUGCUGCCCUCAGGGGACUCGGUGACACUCUCAGAGAGCACAGCCAUUGUCUCCCACGGUACCACUGGCCUAGUCACAUGGGACGCCGCCCUCUACCUUGCAGAAUGGGCCAUCGAGAACCCAGCAGCCUUCACGCACAGGAUAGUCCUAGAACUGGGCAGCGGAGCUGGCCUCACAGGCCUAGCCAUUUGCAAAACCUGCCAUCCCAGAGCCUACAUCUUCAGUGACUAUCACAGCCGUGUCCUCGAGCAGCUCCGAGGGAAUGUCCUUCUCAAUGGCUUAUUGUUAGAGCCAGGCAUCACCACCAACUCAGAGAGCCCCAGGGUGACAGUGGCCCAUCUGGACUGGGAUGUUGUGACGAUCUCUCAGCUCUCUGCCUUCCAACCAGAUGUCGUAAUUGCAGCAGACGUGCUGUACUGCCCAGAGGUCAUCCUCUCACUGGUCAAGGUCCUGCAGUACCUCUCUUCUUGCCUGAAGGACCAGCGGACUCCUGACGUCUUUGUUGCCUUCACCAUCCGCAACCCAGAGACGUGUCAGCUAUUUACCACCAAGCUAGGCCAGGCCGGGAUCCGAUGGGAAGCAGUACCUCCUCACAACCGGAAACUAUUCCCUUAUGAUGAGCACUCAGAGAUGGCAAUUCUGCAACUCACGCUAUAGGGCUCCCAAAGGCUUCUGAAGAUUACUGUGAAAAUCAAAUCACUAACAUAGAAAGAAUUUUUGUGGGAAAGCAAAUAAAACUUUCACUGGGGCCAGGUUUGGUGGCUCAUGCCUAUAAUCUCAGCACGUUGGGAGGCCAAGGCAGGAGAAUUAUUUGAGGCCAGGAGUUCAAAACCAACCU